AUGCUGUCUAUGCUUUCUUCUGCACCCGAGACAAGGGAUUCUGGAAUCUACGUUGGGACCUUGAGCCUUUGGGACUCGACCACUCAUGAGACCAGUCGCCCUCUUGAGGUUUACAGUAAUGACGAAGUUUUCAUCGGAAGAGAUGCAAAAAGAUGUCAAUUUCACAUCACCAACCUUUUCGUCUCGAACAAGCAUGUCCGCGUCUACACCAUCCUUUUCGACCAAGAUAACCUAGGGGGGAUACCGCCCCUAGUGUAUGCUCAAGAUCUAUCGAUGAACGGGACAUUCUGGAAUGACUAUCGAAUGGGUAAAGACAAGGGCAGCUUUCUUCUAACCGAUGGUGACCUCCUCAGGGUAGCUGUUGGCAUUCAUGUUCAGUUCAAGUCUGCCGGCCCCGACAAUGAGAACAAAUUUACUCAAUUGCAGCAACUUGAGAUGAAGAAAUUCCAAAAGAGCUAUGUCAUCACGCAGAGUAUGCUUGGCUCGGGUGCUUAUGGGAGGGUGCACAUGGCGUUCAACCAGAACACUGGCCGUCAGUUUGCCUGCAAGAUUGUUGAUCUUCAAGCUGUCAGAGCCGACUUACAGGCUCAAGCCAGGGAAGCUCAGGCGGGUUUGGGCGAGCAACAUCAUUGCAAAUUCUUUGCUAAGCAACCUGAGCCUCGGAAGUACACAGCCACCACGGGCAAUUCUCCUCUCAUAAGGAAGGCAAUCCUUGACAAGAUAGCGAAAGAACAACGAGAAUCAGUGCUCCUAGCAGAACUGUCCCAUCCAAACAUUAUCGCCAUCGAGAAGAUCAUUCGAUCCAGGAAUACAAUCUACAUGUUCACCGAGCUUGUGACAUGCGGUGAUCUCUUCUCUUUCGUUCGAAAUAGAGGCACCAACCUUGAGGACACGACUGUUGCGUUGAUCAUGCGACAAAUCUUGCUUGCUCUGGAGUAUCUCCAUGAUCGAAACAUUGUACACCGAGAUGUCAAGCCUGACAAUAUUCUCAUGACCUCCCUCGAACCCGGCGGAAGAGUUGUUUUAGCCGACUUUGGAUGUGCAAGGCUGGUGAACCAGCCUGUUCAGCGGAUGUCGAGUAUUGUCGGAACACCUGAAUAUUGCGCCCCAGAGUUACUUCAGACUGACCUAAAAGGCUACACCAAGGCUGUCGACAUGUGGUCCUUGGGAUGCGUCGCGGCCGUUCUACUGGUCGGUGACACGCCAUUUGACAACACAUAUAGAUCCACAUCGAGCGAUCUGAUAAACUUGGAUCAUGAUAUGAGGGCACUCGAGAUCGAUCCACGAGCCAGGGACUUUGUUUUUCGAUCUCUCGUUCUGGACGAGACCAAGCGGAUGGACGUGAAGCAGGCAUUGCGACACGACUGGUUUACCAAUCCCGCACAAGCUGGAUGGUUCAAAGAGAUGUACAGCCGCUCAAUCCAAAACUGGAAGCCUCGGAACGCCAGUGAGGCUGUGACGGUUGAGCUUACCAGUUUCAAGAGUGUUCAGACUAAGUGGCCGCGCUCAGAGUCUGUAUCAAGUUGGUCACCCAAGGAAGGCGCCCGCUUUGCAGACGUCGAUCACAUCUCCGAGAGCUCAUGGGAGAAUGUUGCUCCCGCAAGUAUGAAGCCGCUGAUAUCGCCAGCCAUUUCGAUUCCUGCGCCUGCGAAGAGGACUUCAUGUCGACCUCCCCUUGUCCCGCUUGGUCCAAACCCGAAUAAACCGAAGCAUCCUCAAGAAAUCAUCAGCCCCGAUGCCGAUGUCAAGUUUGUCAGCCAGGUCAAGUGCGAGCAGCUCGAUCGAUCAAAGUUGGAAAGACAUGUUCUGUACGUAUCUCCUUGUGAGGGUCCAAAUGUCCAGAGAGCCGAAAGCAAGAAAGCGCCAGCGUCCAAAGGAGGGAAGCAAACUACCAAAGCCAAAUUCACUAUCAACAAGGACACGGGUCUGAAGAAUUUCUUCCUCUCAUCUCACAGCGCAGCAUUCCCUCCAAUUCCCUCAAUGAGGACGAACUUUCCCAAAAUGUCACCGAAGGAUGAGGGUGAUGAGUCCGACCAAGUCUACGAAGAAGUGCGCAACCCGGUCACGGGCAAACGAAAGCGACUCAUUUAUGGUCGGGAUAUGGAGUCAUUGAGUCAAAUGCUAUAG